UGUGCCUAUCCUAUUUCUUGAAACAAAUAGAACGCAUAUGUGGCGAUUUGCUAUCCUUUGUGUAUUGUAGAUAUGAAUUUCAGUUUAUGUGGUGUUGAUGGGGUGAAUUGUGAGAGAAUCUAAUAGCAUCAUCACAUCCUUGCAAUUUCUGCAUGGUGAUUACUCAAGAUGGAUGUUGAUAAAUGGAUUGAAGUGGCAAAAGACUGCAAGUACUUGCCAGAGAAUGACCUAAAGAAUCUAUGUGACACAGUAUGUGACCUGCUGAUGGAGGAGUCCAACAUUCAGCCAGUGCCGUGCCCAGUGACAGUCUGUGGGGACAUCCACGGGCAGUUCUACGACCUGGAGGAGCUCUUCAGGACUGGAGGACAGGUUCCCGACACCAACUACGUGUUCCUGGGCGACUUUGUGGACCGCGGCUACUACAGUCUGGAGACGCUCACCCGACUGCUGACGCUCAAGGCCAAGUGGCCCGACAAGAUCACGCUGCUGCGGGGCAACCACGAGUCGCGGCAGAUCACCCAGGUCUACGGAUUCUACGACGAGUGUCAGAAGAAGUACGGCAACGCCAACGCCUGGAAGUACUGCUGCAAGGUGUUUGACCUACUGACUAUCGCGGCAAUAAUUGAGGACGAGGUGUUAUGUGUACACGGAGGUCUAUCUCCGUACAUACGCUCGCUGGACCAGAUCCGUGUGAUCGACCGCAAUCAGGAGAUCCCGCACCAGGGGGCGUUCUGCGACCUGGUCUGGUCGGACCCCGAUGACGUGGACUCGUGGUCCACCAGUCCGCGCGGCGCCGGCUGGCUCUUCGGCGCCAAGGUCACACACGAGUUCAUGGCGGAGAACAGCCUGAAACUCAUCUGCCGGGCACAUCAGCUCGUACAUGAAGGGUACAAGUACGUGUUCGACGAGAAGCUGGUGACGGUGUGGUCGGCGCCCAACUACUGCUACCGCUGCGGCAACGUGGCCGCCGUGCUCUGCUUCAACGACAUCAACAGCAAGGAGGUGAAGAUAUUCCAGGCGGUGCCCGAGGAACAGCGCAAGGUGCCGCCCAGCAUCACCACGCCCUACUUCUUGUAGGCCGCGGCGGUGCCGGUUGGAAAGGAGAGACACUGGGACGCCCGCGUGGGACGGUCCAUAGACGGCGGCGGGCCGAGGAAGCGCGCUGUGACAGCACGGGUCUGAACUGAGGCAGGAUGGGAGCCGCUGGCGGAGCGACGAGCCGUGAGGUGGCAGGGUGAGGACGGCCACCGGUGUGUGCCGAGGCGCCGCGGCCGGUGGCGGGCGCUGCCGCCGGCGAGGCCGCGCAGAUAAUACCGCGGCGGUCGGAGCACUGCGGCACGGUGUGCAGGAAGAGCAGUGUAGUGUGUCUAGCUGUGGCCGGAACCGAUUGAUUCAUGCCAUGUGGUGUGGGCUGCGGAUGAAGCCGUGUGCGCCGCGGCGCUCACACAUCAGACGAGCCGUGCCUCGUCCCACAACCCGCCUGCAGGGGCGAUGAGAUGACCGAGUCGACUCGCUCAGACUCUGUGUUGGCGAGCUGUCAUAACUGGCGGGCGAGCGAGCGUGUGCGACAUGCGACAACAAAGCGAGCGCGUGCCGUUCAUAAUCCGUUGUACUGGGUGAGUGGAGGCCAGGGCGGGCGACCCCGCUCAGCACGAGGCAACUGCCACCGCCGGGCGCCGCGCCCGGCUCUGUAAUCGUACGUAGAGGGGUGGGCCCGCACCCGUUUGCCCUACUGAACUGUUAGUAUGUGACACUGUACCGUACUGUUUGGCCGUGUACGUACCGGGGAGCCGAUCGACUGGUUAUAUGUGUACUCUCUGUGGUGCGCGGCGUCGUAUUGCGCCACGUAAGUCUCCUGCGCCGAGAUUGACCCGUGUGUACCUGGCCGGCGGCGCUGCGCCGGGCGUCGUUUUAUUGACAGGACCGGUUGUUAGUUAGUCGCUGACGCGGUGUUCGCUGCUGCGGGACGCCGGGACGCUCACUGUCAACUGCAGAAAUACAGUCCAUAAUUUGUA